GUAUUCAAUAAUAUUGCGGAAGUGAAUUUAAAUAGUGUUAUAUCACAAUAAAUUAAUUCAGACUUGUCACAUCCAUCCCGACCAUCUCGCCCAUCUGCUGCCAGGAUCAUAUCACAUCAUUCUUGUUGGAGUUGGUGCCCUUAUGGCCAACUGCUGUUAUAAUAUCUUAGAUAUUUUCUUAGAUAUCAUGUAAAGGCAAAUGUAAUAAGUUUACAAACAUAUCAUGCUAAUGUAAUCUCUUAAUUGCAUUCCUAGAAUUAUAUUAUAAGAUGUUUAAUAGAAUGAGUCUUCUGAUGUUGAGACUGACAUCUUGUCACUUAGUAUAAUCUAAACGGUCUAUAGUAAAAGCAUUAACGAGAGUGGGAUAUCGUUAGUGCGUGUGAGACUAGUGAGAGUUAGAUGUUUGACCUAGUCUCUUGGUCAAUGACGGAGUGUUUGCAUCUACUCUCGAGCAAAUAUUAUCGUUAAUAAUAAGAUGCUUAGUCUAUGCUCUAAGUGUCCUUAAUGCGACUAUUAGUGUAACAAUCCUUAGACUUAAAGUAUUACGUUCUUCGAAUGCGUGAACCCGUAUGCUUUGAUUCAUUGUCCUAAGCCGUAUGAAACAAGGAUUGUACACAGGCUUUGCAUUGGGCAUGCCGUUGCGCGUAUUCGAAGACGUAGAUUACGUACAAAGAAUUUGUCACUGCUACAUUAGUAGAAUAAUGUCUUGACGAGGCCCACUGAUAAGGUGAUAGCAACUUAGAUCAUGUCCAGAAUGGCCAAAAUUCUGCGUAGCAGAGAGAUACGCCAAGCAGUAGGACCAUCUACCCAUCAGGAGGUCAAUCCAAUAAAGCCAACAGUGUGAAGUUAACGGGCUAAAAUCCAGCGGAAAGAGAGCCAACCAUACACAAAAGAUGAAAAGUGAUAAUGCAGAAAUGAAGGGAGACCCGAAAUCAGAAGCGGAAGAAUUAUGAAAACCAAAACAUUUUGUGGAACCAGCAAUGAACCACUCAACCAAUUAAGGAGUUUCAAAGACCCAAAUGAAAUUGAAGAUAUGCAAAAGGUGACCUCGCUCUAAUUAUGUGUAACCAUCCACUGUGUGAACUCGAAGAACCAAGCUAAUGAUUAUCCAAGUGCUAGAAACCAAAUGUUUAGAAGUCAUGUAAAAAAGCCCCACAGCAAGAGUGUAUAACUCUCGAGUCAUCAUUUGCGUAAACUAAGUAAACCGGGAAAUUGGUACCUUGAAUCUUAACUAAGUCUACAGCCUCAAUACUUUUUGAUAAUUGCCUUGUCAUCCUGAAGGCCUUGCCCUUUCCAUUUUUUAAAAUUCCCGUCUGCAACUUGUCACGCACCAUGGAGAUGGUCAUAGCCUCCUUAAGAUAACAAUAAGACUCCUUAAACAAAGACUCAAAGUGGUCUGAGAACAGGGGCUCCAAAAGUUUGAACUCCUCAUCAAAAUCUCCCUUACAACAUAUAUCUAAAUGUGUGCUUCUUUUGUAAAAAUCAGAGAUAUCCAUUUGGACCAGAAGCCCUGGUACUGAAGUGUUCGAAUCCUGCAUUUCAGUCUUGCAUAAAAUAUCAUCCAAUAAGGGGUCUUGCCAUAAUGGUAACGUAGAAGAGGAAACUUCACCCGAUCCUACGGGGGUAAAGUGCAAAGGACCAUCACUCCUGCAAGGCUGUGAGCCUAAUGCCUUCCUCUCUUCUAUAUGAACAGCAGCUGGUGGAGGGGGUAUUUGACCAACUUGUGCAUUGCUAUUGUCAAGGGAAUAAGAAAGUCCCUUUAUGAAAAGCUUCAAAGAGUUCACUCCUAUUUCCUGCUCCUAAAGGGACACAAAUGGUGGAUCUAGUUCCCUCAAAAACCGUUAAAAUCUUCACAAAAUCACCAAAAUAAUUUGAGUUCCAACUGAUAGAUACCAAAUUUGUCCCUUCGAAUCUAGUACUUGCCCACUCAUAUGAGACAAAAAUAUAACUCUCUAGAGAUUCAAUUAACCAUAGGGCCAAAGUGGUAGAAAUAGAGAUGGUACGUAUAAAACCAUUCUUAAGCUCAGAGAUGUUGACAGAGUCUGAGAGAUGAAAGUCAUACCGUUUACUUUCAAUAAGGAUAUGGACCUGCGUAAGGAAGGAGUUGAUCUACUCCUCUGGAAUUCUGCUUGAAAAACCGGGGUAUACCGUCUCUAUGAUUCCGCCAGUGACCGAACACCUCCUCAUCGCCUCUGUGUCGCCGUCCAUAGGGACGCCUGCCUCUAAAUUGGUGGAAAUCCCUUCUGAGAUUUCCGGUCCUAGUGUAUUUGUGGCGUUGAUGACGAAGAGCAUCUCGGUUUGCCGGAUAGGAAUGAUAUCCCUGCUGAAAUCGGCGAUAAUGGGACCUGUUGACCGGAGAUCUACCUCUAUCCCUCUCUCUACCUUCCAUCCCUUUUUUCUGACAACGAAUCUAACUGUUCAAGAGUCUCAAUACGUCCUAUCGUCAGCAGACUAUAGUAUUAGUGAGUACGUUCUCGUCUGCAGACCUGGACGGAUUAGGGUGUUACAAAAGGGGGACGAGUUCCUCAAGGAAAGGCGCCUCGCCUCGGCUCCGGGCGUGAUCGUGCAUCGUCCCACUCCUAAGGAUUCUGUCUUCGACGCUCCUCCGGGCUUCUUUGCCAUUCAUCUCAAGUCCCUCGAGUACGGAUUCCGCUUCCCCCUAAACCAGUUGGUCGUCGAUUUCUUUCUUCACUUCAACCUCCUCCCGUGCCAAGUGGUCCCAAAGUCGCAUCGCUACUUGGCCGGGUUCCUCGUCCGAUGUCAACAAACCGGGGUCCACCCCGAUUUGGCCCGCUUCUUGCUCCUCUUCCGAUUGGCGAAGUCUUCUGGCUGUGCGGACUCAGACUCGAGCUCGUACCCCGCCAUCUUCCAGAAGCAACAAAAGCUUUUCAAAGUUGGCUCUGAGGAGGAUCGGGCCAAGGCCCAUGCAGAGGUCGCCGUCCUUCACGAGGAGCUGACGGCUGCCAAGGAGCAGGCUCGCCAAGCCGUGGAGGAGGUUGCCUGCAAGGCCCACCAAGAGGGCCGCGAUCGGGCCGUGGGCGAGUUCCUGGCAUCGCCCGCCUUCCAGGAGGAGGCCUUUGCCCGUAUGCAGGAUCUGCUCAAGUCCUGGGGGAAGACUCUCGAGGGAAUGGCAUUCGUUCGCUCCGAAGGGACCUCUUGCUACAACCUCGGUGUGUACUGAGUGCAGUAGGUGUUGACGGAGAGGUUCAUAACGGGGGAGGACUUCCCCGAGCCCUGCGACAACCCCAUCGAGUUCGACCCGUCGAUGUACUAUCCGGGGAGUGGGAGAAAGGUUGACGACCUAGGAUGAAAUUGACGCCUCCACCCAUGACUGUUAUUUCAGAUGUAAUGUUACCAUUGUAACUUGUCAUUG